AAGAUGCAAACAGACACCUAUAACGAGUCUCUUAAAACAAUCUCUUAAAGCAAUGAAAAAAAUAACAAGAAAUCGCUUUAUUUAAGCCAUGCACAUUGUAUUAGUUAAUGCAUGGCGAGGAACGAUGUGUCUUGUAAAAUGUUGUAUUAAUAUGGAUUAUUUAACACUGUGGUGUUAGCGUGACUGUAAGUCGUCCACAUGCUAGCUGCCUUGUCGCCUUGUCUUGCACUGCUGUAUCGCGCUCACUUAGGAUCGGAGCUGCCACCCUGUCUCCAGCCGAAGUCUAAAUAUCAGUGACUUGCUUGCUGGAUUAUGUCCACAAAUUCGGGGCAGCCCCGGUGCAGAGGUCUUGUUAGGAAACCUGUUUUUUUAAUUAGUGCCUGUCUGCAGCAUUUGCAGUCUUUCGUUUGUAGUUAGCAAGUGUAUGUUGGAGACGAGGGUCUGAUGCUGAUGCAGUGAAGAUUGCGUUCAUCUCUUUGCUUGUUUGCUCUGUGGUGUGUUCAUUCUCUCUGUCUAGCUCCAUCACGAGCUGGAUGAUUACACUUCUCGCUUUGGUGCUACAUUUUUGGAGUUAUUUUAACUGAAACUCAUCAUGAUGACUGAUUCAUCAGCUCCCGAUCUCUCCACGGCUCCGAAUCCCACUAUCUUGGACCCCGCAGCGCAAAGCGGCCAGUGUGCACCCACAGACCAGCACCCACCCAAAAGACGUAGCCAGAGGGACCCUUUCAGCAUGGACCAGGACCAAGAGAUGAAAAUCAGUGAAAGCGUCCAAUUCAGCGAUGAAUUUGAAAACAGAGGUUUGCUUGAAAGCAGCACCCGGUUGAAGCCUCAUGAAGCCCAGAGCUACCGGAAGAAGGCAUUGUGGGUAUCCUGGGUCUCCAUCCUUGUCACAAUAGCCCUGGCCGUGGCUGCCUUCACUGUUUCCAUUAUGAGACACAGUGCUUCUGCAUUUGGAUUUGCUUUUGACGCCGUGCUUGACGUUCUGUCCUCAAUCAUUGUAUUAUGGCGUUACAGCAAUGCGGCCGCGGUGCACUCAGCACACAGGGAGUACAUAGCCUGUGUUGUACUGGGUGUGGUUUUUAUCCUGUCGUCCAUGUGCAUUGUGGGUAAAGCCAUCCAUGACCUUGCCACCAAACUACUCCCUGAAGUGGGUGAUUUUCUCUUUAGUGUUUCCAUUUUAAGCGGGAUCCUCUGCAUCAUUCUGGCAGUGGUGAAGUUUAUGCUGGGGAGGGUCUUGACCAGCAGAGCUCUGAUAACAGAUGCUUUUAACUCUCUUGUUGGAGGGAUCAUGGGCUUCUCCAUAUUAAUCAGCGCUGAGGUCUUCAAGCACCACCCUAAUGUGUGGUACCUGGAUGGCAUGACAGGAGUUCUCAUUGGACUCAUUAUUUUGGCUUAUGGAGUAAAGUUGCUUAUUGAUAUGGUCCCUCGGGUGAGACAAACACACAAUUAUGAAACCUUUGAAUGAGUCACCUGGGGAACAAUGCCAGCAAGUGCGCCCUCCAGCCCUGAUAUUACUAAAGACUUGGAAAUCAGAGGAACAUUGACCAGUGUUAUUUAUUUCAUUUAACAUGCAGUUUGUCAUUGUUGCAUGUAAAUAAGUCAUCACAAAGAAAAGCAAGCAGGAAAAGAAAAGGCAACAUCACCACAGCUUCCCUUCGAGUGUUUUAAGAAGGUGUUGAGUGAAUGGGGUUUGUAUGUUGGACACAGCACCUGAAAUUCUUUAUUUGUGAAAAGGCUGAAUGUUGUCUUCAGUGGAAUUAUUUUAAAUCUCUUUAGAGAAUACACUAUUUUUUUGUCGGUUUUAAUAAUAUAAAAAUGAACAGCGUUAAAAGGAAUGUAUUUUAUUAGAUAUGCUAUACCUAUUCUUCAAGAAGCACACUGAACGGCUAUAGGAGACCACACUGGACACAUUCAUUUAUUGAAGUUAAACACUAGCGCUCAGGGGGUUAAAUUCAGUUUUUAAAAAAAAUUUUAACUAAAGGAUCCCUAUCUCUUUUCAUUAUUUUCAUCAUGUACAACAGCUUACAAAAAGAGCAAGGGGUUUUAAUAACAGGGACAGAGCUGCAGGAAAGAAAAUCCAAACUUUUAAUAAAUUGCUGAUAAAAAGAAACACACUUGAUUGUUUUAAAAAUGGUAGCUGACAGCAUCUACACUCUUUAAUUAUUAUUUUACACAAGAAACAGCUUAUUUCAUGGUAUUAGCUUUAUCCCUUUAUCAGAAGUUUUGAAGAAAAUUGCUUACAACUUUUGUGAUGCUCUUUUACCCUGAAUCUGUAUAAAAGUUGUUUUCGCCAGUCAGCCAGUACCUGCAGGAUUGAAUAACAGGAUCAUAUGGGUUUUGUGCUACAGUUAAAGUUUCAAAUGCAUAGUGCUUGUAUACUGUACACUAGAAUCUGCUGAAGUUAACACUCUGCUAAGAGAAACCGAGCAGUUUCUAUUGACAACCUGUCUGGACGUUUUUAAGAUUUAUUUUGAAACCCUAUGCUCUGAAUUCAUAUGUAAUUUGUUUGGAGUUUCCUGAAAUUUUGUUUUAUUGGAGAAGCAUUUACAAACAAACCAAAACAGGUUUCUUUAUUUUGGAAGUCUUGCUUUUAUUUGUUAAAAUCACACUAUAAGAGUUUCUAUUGGCUGGAGUUUGAGAUCAAGGUCUAUGUCCUGCAGUGUGUUCAGUGCUAUUGUAUAACUUUUUUGUCCUUUGUUAGAGUUUACAAAAAGGGGAAUUUAUAAUUAUUCGGGAAUGACACACGUAUGUGCUAAUGUUUUUGUGCUAUUAACGUAGGGUAGGAAUCAAUAAUCCCAGUGGUGUGUAUGUAUUUGUAUUUACACAAUGCCCAAGAUGUGCUGGAAACGUACUGCUCUCACUCUUCCUAGUUCAUCAUCAUGCCAUUGUGUCUGUUUUUAGCAACCCAGUUCUUGCUGGACCUGGGCUCGAUUACACUUGUAAUUGUGCAAUGAAUUGCAAUUGCAAUGUAAUUUCAAUUGAAUUUGAACCUUGAUCGACUGCAGUUCAAUUAAGCAUUUAUUUGUUAUUCAAUCAUUGUAUUUUCAACCACUUUUGGUGACCCCAUUUGAAAAAUAAAAAAGGGUAAGUAGUAUGUUUCUAUAUGUGUGCCUGUGCUUAUUGCUAUGCUGUUUAUAAUAAAUACAGUAAACAUGUUAACAUGUGUAGUUGUAAUUAUAGCGGCAUAAUUGUAACUCAUUGCAAACAAUUCUGCUGUAAUUGUAAAUAUAAUUAUAAUUUACCCCAGGUCUAGUUCUUGCCUUUUUGAAUUCUGCCUUUUCUUAAAAUGUUAUAAAAUAUAUUAUACUGGUUUAUGGGUGUCACAUGCAAUGCACACAGAAUGGUGCUUUGAGGUGUACUUGGGCAUAUCAUGGCCAUUCUGGUUUUAUCCUGUAAAAAAUGAGAACAUGCAUUUGGGAUGUUUACUUCAUCAGUGUCAAAUUAGAUAAAAGAUUUCAGGAGUUGCUGUACGCAGGCACUGAAAUCUAGUAAUCUGUUGACGAUUUGGGUACAAGGUCUACAAAAACUUCUAAUAGCCAAGCGAACUGUACAAAAAGACACAGACAGACCAGUGUUUCAGUUUGCAACUGCCGAAACUACUGUGUAACCGUUUCCAUUGUUCUGUUAUACAUAUAUCCUGAUUAUGUGCAGAGCACAGCUUGACCUGCUUAAAGCCUAUAAUACUGUAAUAGCACAGCAUUAAGAGUAUUGUAUUAAAUGUAUAGUUGUAGAUAUUGCAUCAGCACUACUGACCUUUUAUAUUUAUAAAGAAUACACAAAAAAAAGAAACAGCAGUGCGGAAAUUCUGUGUCACAGAAAAGGUUUAUUGAAAAAUAAAGUUUUAUCCUGCAUUAUACAUCAAAAA